AUCACUUCCACACAGACAAUUAUAAUUCAGAUAUCAAAAUUGUUUGUCAUGAAGUUCGAGUGGAUAAAAUAUCUGUAAAAAUAAAAUCAACCGGUUUUCUCCUUCAAUGAAUUAUACAUAUCACAGAAAAACUAUUUUACUGUCUCGCAACGAAGGCAAAUUGAAAUCCUAUGACUCUUGUUUCGACUUGCGGGCGUGGAGUCAUGAUAUGAGCGCGCGCGACCGCUACCUGAGGGAAUGGAUGAAGUGCAACAUGCCGCCAUGCCUAUUGCCUUUAUCCACCUUGAACAAUUUAUUAAAAUCAAUGUCCUGCAGGAACAUAGGUCAAGUAGCUCCACGUUGUCAUCCUGAUUGCAAAUCCAAAAGAAUUUUGGAAACUAUAUGUACGUCGUGUCAGGCUAUGAAAGACUGUCUCAAAAAUAGUGAAAAAAUGGAACAUUUCUUUGAGGAAGAGGAAUUAGAAACGGGACAUUGGCCUUGCGAUAAAUGUUUAAAUGCAUUAAAGAGUAUACGAACGUUUUGGAAAGUUAUUCUAUGUAAGAUUUUAAAAAUUAAUACUGUUCCCAAAGCUGAAGUGAUAACUAGAGAACAUCGAAGUUCCACCGAUUACAUUAACGGUGUUGCUAAAGCUUGGCAAAGAGAUAUAAUGGAGCAGGCUGCUUACGUCAAAAACUUAAUACCUUCAUUGACGACCAGCAGCCUUACGUGGAGAGGUCACAAAUGUGAGAGGCAUGAUGAGACUUUGUUAUAUCCAGAUGAUAUUCAUGCACAUGAAUUGGCUGAAAUUAAUUUAAAACAUAAAAGAAGUAGAAUCAUCUCUAGAUCUCAGGCAAUAAAAGAAAAAGCAACGGACUUUGCGGCCACGAGUACUGUGAAAUUAUUGGACAUUGGAUGUGAUCCUUUGCAUCAUGCUGACGAAAAAUUAACCAAUUAUUUAACAACAUUGCAAGACCAAUUGGAAACACAAGCAAAUGAAGUAGAGGAACUGAAAAGGGAGAAUUAUUCCCUUAAAAGUAAAUUACUAGAAGUUCGUAAACUGCAAUCACGGUUGUCGUUCCAUCGUCCAGCUAUUUUCAAUUCAGUCUGUGAUAGUAAUUAUGAUUUAAAACCUUUAGAUACAAGUUCUGAAGAGAAUUUUUCUAGUCCUAUACAGAAAGAAAAUAAUUCCGAAGUAAUGAUUACAGUCAAAAAUUAUCGAACAGAUGAUUUCAAACAUGUAUGUAUGCUACAAGUUGUUCAUAAAACCAAUAAGUCAACUGAAAAUUUUGCUGUAGAAGAGUUACGUUGCUGCAGUAAACAAGAUCCGAUCGAGUUGCUAACUAAAGUGCAGAAAACGUUCGGACAAAUCGUAAGAAAAGAAAUAACCAUAGCAAAUAAAGAACACAAAUGUGCAGAUCGACAAGACAUAAACGUGACAUUCAGAAAACAGAUUCUUUGAUCACUAUUUUGAUUUAAUACUCCAACAAACGUAUCGUACAAAUUGAGUAAGUUAUCCUAAUGUUUGGUAAUUGUAAUUUGCCAUAAUAUUUACGGUUUUUAUUAUUUUAAUUACAUGUAGGUGCAAUAUUUGUGAUGUUAGAAGUGAAAAUGUAAACGUCUAUGAUAGACGAUGAAAUUAAAAUA